GUCUCACAGCUUCCUAAGACCAUCCUCCACUUGGAGCCAUCGGGACUUCUCUGGACAUCCUCCUCCUGCUCCACCACCUCAUCCACCUCCUCCUCGACACCUUGAGCCAGAGAAGUCCCGCGCAGACCUCCUCCUCCAUCUCCUCGCAGCAGUAGCAGCAAUGUCCGUGCGCGUGUUCGAGGGCACUGAACUGGCCCGCCUGUACAAGCGCUACCGGCCCACCCUGCCGGCAGACGUCUUGACAACCCUGACCGACUACGUGUGUGCAAAGACGGGGACAAAGCCCACCCUCGUUGUGGACGUUGGCUGUGGGAGCGGCCAGGCCACGGAGCUUCUGGCUUCUAUCAGCACAAAAGUGCUGGGGAUCGAUGUGAGCCCAUCGCAAAUUGAAGAGGCGAUGCUCGCCAAACAUCCUGACAACAUCACCUACAUGGUGGGGCCAGCUGAGACCCUUCCCGUAGAUGAUGGCUCCGUGUCGCUGCUGACCGCCUUCGUGUCAGCGCAUUGGUUCGACCUGCCAGCCUUCAUGCACGAAGUCCAGCGGGUGCUGCAGCCGCGUGGCUGCCUCGUGAUUUACUCCUACAUGUACCCAUUUGACAUCGAGUGUGGAGUUUUCUCGGAGAAACUCACACAGAUCCUGUGGAAGGUAAUCGAAGACCUUCGCCCGUACGAGAGUCACAAGAUGAACCACGUGCGUGAAGAUUAUACUGCCAUGUAUGAGGCCAUUCCGUUUGCGGACAAGAAGAGGCUGGAGAGCGUCAGGUUAAUUGCACUCGUCAAACUGCCGGAAUUCAUGGGGUUAAUCGGUAGCUUCGCCGAAUACCAGGCGCUCAAGGCUGAAGAUCCUCUUGCUGCACAGGCCCUGAUGGAGGACACCGAGAAAAGAGUUCAAGAGACUCUGGGUGACGCAGCAGCCUCUGCUGAAAUGAAGAUCAUGGUGAAGACCGUUCUGCUUCUGAGCUGCAACAACUCUCAGAGCUCAUAAUGCCACUGCCGUGACUGAGGGCUCAAAGCCACCUUUGUUGCAAACAAUACAGGGACUCCUCUACUUAGGAACAUUCGAUUUACGAACUUUCAUAGAUAUGAACAAACAUCUCCGUAUGUCCAGUUGCCUGUUCGUACCGAGAGUCGUAAGUUCAACUGCCACUCUAUAGAUGGCGGUGGAGGCAUCUACAUCUGCAGAACACGAAGAACCAUUGGUAUCUACAUCUACAGCAGAUUAUACAACUUGUAAAGCCAUUCCCGUGUUUAGUCUAUUUGCCGUAUACCAUGUUUGGAAUCGACAGGAGUAAAGUUGGACUU